AUGGGACGGACGCGGGACAGCAUCAGACGGGAUGCCCAGCACCCCUGGCUGCAUCCCACCCAUCUCACCCUCUGYCCCCAGGUGCACAGCCUGCAGGAACUGCGGCGCAGCGCUUCCCUGGCCACCAAGGUCUUCGUGCAGCGGGAUUACAGUGAUGGGACCACAUGCCAGUUCCAGACAAAGUUUCCCCCUGAGCUGGAGAGCCGGAUUGAGCGGCAACUUUUUGAGGAAACUGUGAAAACCCUGAACGGCUUCUACGCCGAGGCRGAGAAGAUUGGGGGCAGCUCGUACCUCGAGGGGUGCCUGGCCUGUGCCACUGCCUAUUUCAUCUUUCUCUGCAUGGAGACACAUUAUGAGAAGGUCCUGAAGAAGAUUUCCAAGUACAUCCAGGACCAGAACGAGAAGAUCUAUGCACCACGGGGGCUGCUGCUCACUGACCCCCUGGAACGUGGCAUGAGAGUCAUCGAGAUCUCCAUCUACGAGGACCGGUGCAGCAGCGGCAGCUCCAGCAGCGGCAGCUCCAGCAGCAGCAGCGGCGGGGGCGGCGGUGGGGCGGGGGGCCGGUGA